UAAUGCCUGCAUAAAAAGAAAAAACAGAAACAUAAGUAUUAAUUUCCUCAUUGUCUCAAAAAAAAAGUAUUAAUUUCCUCUCACCACCAUUGCCCUACCCUACCGCUACGCCUAAAUCUCUCGAAUUCCAGCAACCGGAAAUCACCUCGGCCCCAAUCCCUACACCACCAGUCCGCUGCCCCGCCGCUCGUCUCUCACUCCCUUCCAGUAUUAGGCUGUUGCGGUGCUUUCGGCCACCGAAGUCCGGUAAGAGAUAACUACCUCAUCCUCCGCUGACAGAACUCGGAAAUUCUGCUGAAAGUCGGAUAACCAUGAGAAAUUGGGGAAGACUGGUAAAUCGAGCUAUUCUUCUGAGCAGUAGCAAUGGCGGAUUGCUAUCGAAACCCUUAAAUCCUCAAAAUGGGGCUAGUGGGGCAGCCGCAUCCCGCCGAUGCAUUUUCUCUUCUGCUUCGUCUUCUUCGAGUUAUUUGUUGGAUUUGAACGUGCUGAGGUCUUCAUUACACUUCUCCCAGUGGAAUCAUUUUCAAGGGCAGAGGAGGAGCAUGUUUAUCCAAACACAGUCGACUCCUAAUCCUGCCUCACUGAUGUUCCAUCCUGGGAAGCAAGUUAUGGAGACAGGGAGUGCCGACUUUCCUAAUGCACGUUCUGCUAUGAGUUCGCCACUAGCAAAGAGUCUCUUUGGAAUCGAUGGAGUUACCAGGGUUUUCUUUGGAUCAGAUUUCGUGACAGUGACAAAAUCAGAUGAAAUCUCAUGGGAUUUGCUUAAACCUCAAGUCUUUGCAGCAGUCAUGGAUUUCUAUUCCUCUGGGCAGCCAUUAAUAUUGGAUUCAGCUGCUGCUGCUUCCAUGGACACAGCCAUCCAGGAAGAUGAUUCAGAAACUGUUGCCAUGAUCAAAGAGUUGUUAGAAACUCGAAUCCGCCCAGCAGUACAAGAUGAUGGUGGAGAUAUUGAGUAUGUAGGGUUCGAUCUAGACACUGGAAUAGUUAAGCUACGAAUGCAAGGAGCCUGCAGUGGAUGCCCUAGCUCGUCCGUCACUCUGAAAUCUGGCAUAGAGAAUAUGCUAAUGCAUUAUGUGCCUGAGGUUAAAGGUGUGGAACAAGAACUUGAUGCCGAGGAAGAAGAUGCAACACUAACCGGAGCGCCACACGAGUAAUUGACAAUCACUAUUGCAUUGCCCCCAGCACACACGCAUAUAUAAACGAGGAAUAAACUUACUUAGUCAUAAAUGUCUCUUUGCAUGCAUGUCCUAGUUCCAAAUUGUUACGCUUAUUUGAUAAUGUAGCUUUCUAGUAGCGUGUUGAAGCAUUGAUGUUUUUUUUUGGGAGAGAAUAAAGCAUUGAUGUUGAGGAACUGUGAACUUGCUCGAUUCUGCUUAAAUAUUUCGGCUUCUUGUUUUGGUA